GGCCGAGCGCGAGCAAGGCGGCGGCAGCAGCGGCGGGGCGCUGGGGACAGCGGCGGCGGCGACUCCGGCUACCACUCCUGUCACGACAGAGACGCUCAGGAACCAGGUCCCUUGACUUAGGGAGCUCCUUCCUGUGGCCUUCUAGCUGCUCCACUGCGUUCUCCCUUCAGCCUGGAUUGGUGACACACAGCCACUGGCUGGAGAUAUUUCCAGGUUUGCUGGCAUGGGAAACUUGCUCAAAGUCCUGACCCGGGAAAUUGAGAAUUAUCCACACUUUUUCCUGGAUUUUGAAAAUGCCCAGCCUACAGAAGGAGAGCGAGAGAUAUGGAACCAGAUCAGUGCUGUCCUCCAAGAUUCUGAGAGCAUCCUCACAGACCUGCAGGCUUACAAAGGCGCAGGACCAGAGAUUCGAGAUGCCAUUCAAAAUCCCAAUGACAUUCAACUUCAAGAAAAGGCUUGGAACGCGGUCUGUCCCCUGGUUGUGAGGCUGAAGCGGUUUUAUGAAUUUUCCAUCCGGCUUGAAAAAGCUCUUCAGAGUUUACUGGAAUCUCUGACAUGUCCUCCCUACACGCCGACCCAACACCUGGAGAGGGAGCAGGCUCUGGCAAAGGAAUUUGCAGAAAUCUUACAUUUCACCCUUCGAUUUGAUGAGCUGAAGAUGAGGAACCCAGCUAUCCAGAAUGACUUUAGUUACUACAGAAGAACAAUAAGUCGCAACCGUAUCAACAACAUGCACCUAGACAUUGAGAAUGAAGUGAAUAAUGAGAUGGCCAACCGGAUGUCCCUGUUCUAUGCAGAAGCCACGCCGAUGCUGAAGACGCUUAGUAAUGCCACGAUGCACUUUGUCUCAGAGAAUAAAACCCUGCCCAUAGAGAAUACCACAGACUGCCUCAGUACAAUGACCAGCGUCUGCAAGGUCAUGCUGGAGACACCGGAAUACAGGAGCAGGUUUACAAGUGAGGAGACACUCAUGUUCUGCAUGAGGGUGAUGGUGGGGGUCAUCAUCCUCUAUGACCAUGUGCACCCCGUGGGAGCUUUCUGCAAGACAUCCAAGAUUGAUAUGAAAGGCUGCAUAAAGGUGUUGAAGGAACAGGCCCCGGACAGUGUGGAAGGGUUGCUGAACGCUCUCAGGUUCACUACAAAGCACUUGAAUGAUGAAUCGACUUCCAAACAGAUUCGGGCAAUGCUUCAGUAGAGCCCUGCUCCCAGAAGAGGAUCUGUGUGCUGACCUCAGAAGAUGUAUAUGUUUACAUAAUUUAAUACAGAUUGAUGUUAAUACUUGUGUAUUUACAUAACCAUUUCCUUCUUGUCACUGAAAAUAUAUGGACCUUAAUUUGUAUCCUGACUGACUCAACCCAGCAGAGCAUAAAUUGUCUUGAGAGCCUUA